AUGAAGAUCAUGUAAUUUCUGCGCAUCACUUUUUGAAAGGACCUCAUACUGUUGCCAGUGAGCUUUGUUUCGAUUGGAGUACUGACUUGAUUAUAGUGAUUGGAUUCACAACCCCUUUAUUAGCUGGGAUAUUACCAUUGUCGAGUGUACAUUGUGACGCAACUUACAAAAUGGCCAAAGGAUGCUUUGAACUCUACGGGAUUAUCAGUAACGUUGAGGGUGCAGGAUUUCCAGUAGCAUAUCUCAUUUUGAACACUAUGAAGGUGCCAAACAAUGAAGAACAAAUGGAGUUACGAACAACGGCACUUGCUGGCUUCCUUCGUUCUCUCUAUGAAGUUGUAACAGAGUUUGAUUUUAUUGAUCCCACUUUCAAGCCUGAUCUAGAACGUAUUGAGCCCGAAAAGCAUUUUAAUAUGCACUCAAAAAUCCCUAUCAAUGCUGCUGAAUGGUUCCUAACAGCUGACGAAAUCCGAAAGAGUGUAGUCCACGAAAUAUAUGAUUUUUGUGCUGAAAAUGACCUUGUUUUGCUCUGGGUAUACUUGUGGUCUGCUUGGUACAAGAUGCCAAA